GCUUUACGGUGGAUGUUGUCACAACCUCGAAAUGUGUCGUUUCCGGUUUCCAGACGGACGCAGAACGAUAAGAAUGGCCAGCUGCAUCCCGACAGCUUCUCAUUCUCCAACACUGUGUUUGUAAAACUUUUCAGGGCUACGCCUCUAUCGGGCUGAAAAGUUCUCGUCGUUUCUGUGUUCGGGUAUUUUUUUUCUUCGGCGGCUCCAUGGGGGUCGACCAGACGGAGCCGGAGGUCCCGGCGGACGCUGUCGGCAGGCGGGUGUCCUGCGGCGGGGAGCUGGGCACGGUGCGCUACGUGGGGCCGGUGCCCCCCACGGCCGGGCUGUGGCUCGGCGUGGAGUGGGACAACCCGGCCAGAGGCAAACACGACGGCAGCCACGAAGGGGCGCGCUACUUCACAUGCAGACACCCGAAAGGAGCAUCCUUCGUCCGUCCGGCGAAGGCCACCUUCGGGGUGGACUUUCUGACGGCCGUCCGGCAGGUCUAUCAGAUCAACACGGAGGAGGUGCUGAGUGAGAAGAUCACCAUUUCCACCAGGAAGUUCGAGUGGACGGGCCUUCAGGAGCGCAGUCUAGAGAGCCUUCCGUCGGUGAUGCUGAACCGUCGUGGGGUGAACGGACCCGGGGCUGCUGGAGAAAUCAGGAAAACAACACCCAACGUCCGGUGGCUGGAGCUGAGCGGCUCCCUGCUGACCCGCUGGGGGGACGCCGCCGCCAUCUGCGAGCAGCUGGAGCAGCUGGAGGGUCUACAGCUCAGCUUCAGCAGACUGCUUUUGCCCUCUGACCCCUUGACCCACCGCCAGGCUUUCCACAACCUCAAAGUUCUGGCUCUCAACAACUGCGAGCUCACCUGGCCUCAGGUCCUGGAGUGCGCCCCCAUGUGGCCUCUACUUGAGGACCUCUCUUUAGAGGAAAACAACAUCACAGAGCUGCAAAGGCCAGAAGGAGUUCUGCAGUCACUCACGUGCCUCAAUCUGUCCUCCAACCCGUUAGUGCAGGAGAGCCUGUCCAGUAUAUCCGCUCUGUCCAGGCUGGAGAAUCUCAACCUUUCCAAUACCGGACUGACUGCCAUCGGAUUCGAAGACGCCGUUCCCGGAAGUCAAACGACCAUGUUUCCAGCUCUGAAAAUCCUCAACCUGAAAAGCAACAAUAUCACAGAGUGGUCUGUGGUGAACGAGCUGGCCAAACUUCCCUGUCUGAUGAGGCUCUACUGUCGGGGGAACAGACUGGAGAGCAGCGACGGGAACCCCAAAACGGCCGACCAGAUGCUGAUCGCUAAACUGGGGACACUGGUCUUCCUAAACAACUGUCAGAUCACCCCCGAGGAGAGACGCGGGGCCGAGCUGGACUACAUCAAGAUGUUCGGAGAAGAGUGGCUAAAGGCGGGCGGCCCGGGUCAGGCCGGCCCCGAUUUUACCAGCCAGCACCCCCGUUACCAGAGCCUCAUCCACAAAUAUGGAGCUCCGGAAGAAGGCGAGCUAAAGAAGCCAAUACCUUUUGCCCUGAAAAACCAGCUGUUGAAGGUUACCUUUGCCUUUCCCGACGACGCCGGGCGGAAGCCCGUUGAGAAGAAGCUUCCAGCCACCAUGGACGUUCAGAAGGUGAAGGGUCUGCUGUUCAGACUGCUGAAGGUCCCUGCUACUGACCUGAGGCUUACAUACACCAGCCCCAAGAUGGAGGGGAGGGAGUUUGAGAUCGACGGCGACCUGAAAACGCUCCAGUUUUACUCCAUAGAGGACGGAGACCAGGUGCUGGUCCGCUGGAACAACGUGUAGCUCUGCUUUUUCCCUAAAAAAUGAGUAUUUCAGGAUCGUCCACGUCCAUUCACAGCUGAAAAUUAAAGUCAGGUUUGUAAAUAUUUUAGAAAAUAAUCAUACAAACGGCACGGAUGGUUUAAUGUUAGAGAGAAUGUGAAGGCCUUUGUCGACAUCUGUACGUGUAACUUUGUGUUUAAAUGUAUUAAGUUAUAGAGAGAUAUCAAAACUAUGGUAUUUCUUAUGUAUCGCUUUGAUUUAAUCUGACAAAUAAACAUCCACAAGUCUGCAUAAAAAAUCUCAGAGCUG